CCACGUGUUUUCUAAUUUUGCACUUUGUACUCGAAAUUAUUACAAUAAAAAAUGUUAGCAAUUAUCAUAACUGAAUUGUAAAAAAAACAUUCUUGGAAAUUAUUAAGUGUUACUAUCAAAUAGACAUCUAUUUUGCCUCAUAUAAUGUCGACGAUACAAAAUUUUCUCGAAACACCUAUAACAUGUUCUGUUUUUUACGUAGCAUUAGUUUCACUUUUACUUGGAUUUUCAAAAGAUCAACAAUUUAACGAGAACAGAAGACCUGAUCGAGAGGAAUAUGAUUUUAUUAUUGUGGGUGGUGGUUCUGCUGGUUGCGUAUUGGCAAAUCGUUUGUCAGAAAGACGAGAAUGGAGUGUACUAUUACUGGAAGCUGGAAGAGAAGAACCUGUAUUAGCCGAAAUUCCAGGUUUUUCAUUUACUGUCCGUGAAACAGAUAUUGAUUGGAAUUAUCGAACACAACCUACCAAAUUUGCAUGUAUUAGAAACAAAGGAUGUGUUUGGCCACGUGGACGAGUAAUGGGCGGUUCGAGUACAAUUAAUUAUAUGCUGUACGUUAGGGGAAAUCGUGAUGACUAUGACUCCUGGGCUAGAAUGGGAAAUUCUGGAUGGAGUUACGAUGAGGUUCUGCCUUAUUUCAAACGAUCGGAAGACAACAGAGAUCCUGAUAUUUUGGAACAAAGUCCAAAUUAUCACAGCACUGGAGGAUAUCAGCAAGUCCAACGACUUAAUUAUAAAGACCAGCCUACGAAAAUUGUAUUCAAAGCAUUCCUAGAGCUUGGAUUUAAUGAGACAGACAUCAAUGGAGAACAUCAAAUAGGCGUCGCACAUUUGCAAGCAACAUCAAUUAAUGGAUCUCGUGUCAGUACAAAUAGAGCAUUCAUCCGACCAAUUAGAGAAAGUAGAACAAACUUAUUUGUUAAGAGUGAAUCGUAUGUAACAAGAGUUUUAAUAGAUCCAGGCUCAAGAAGAGCUACAGGUGUUGAAUAUACACAUAUACCAACAGGAAAAAGUACAAUAGUUUAUGCAAGAAAAGAAGUUAUUGUCUCAUCAGGUGUUGUUAAUUCACCAAAAUUACUUAUGCUCUCUGGUGUUGGUCCACGGGAUGAACUUGAAAAACACGGUAUUCCUGUUAUUAAAGAAUUACCAGUUGGCAAUAAUUUACAUGAUCAUGUGUCAUUUCAAGGAUUAUUUGUUCAAAUUAAUCCCGAUAUGGUCAAUAAUCCAAAGUGCGAAAAAAGAGUCGAGGAUUUAAAUUAUUAUCUAACUACACGCGAUGGACCACUUUCAUCAACAAGUAUUACCUCAGUUUCUGCAUUUGUACGCACUAAAUAUGAAAAACGUCGUGAAUUACCUGAUAUACAAUUUCAAUUUGGUAAUUUUGGUGUGUCGCCUUAUUUUCAAAAAUUUGCCAUUCUACCAGUUCUUUUACAACCAAAAAGUAAAGGAUUUGUGAGAUUAAAUUUUACCGAUUUAAUUUGGGGUGAUCCUAUAAUUCAACCGAAUUAUUUUACCGAGGACAUCGAUGUGAAACGAAUGGUUGAAGGUAUAAGAAUAGGUCUCGAGUUAUUUAGAACGUCAGCUUUUACGCAAAAUCAAUUUCAAUUGGUGAUACAAGCCAUGCCACCUUGUGAUAAAAUUGAGUACAAUACUGAUGAGUAUUGGAUUUGUAUUAUCAGACAGUACACUGAUACAUUUUAUCAUCCAGUGGGUACUUGCAAAAUGGGACCAAAUGAUGAUCCUGGAGCAGUUGUUGAUACAAAUUUACGUGUCUAUGGAAUUCAAGGCCUACGAGUGAUUGAUGCAUCUAUUAUGCCAAUUGUUCCAAGGGGAAAUACCAAUGCACCAACAAUUAUGGUUGCCGAGAAAGCGAGUGAUAUGAUAAAAAAGGAUUGGAUACAAUCGGGAUGGUGGAGUUCGCUUCAAGAAUAAGAGAUGGUAUCUCGCAUAAUGUAAAGAAUGUGGAAACAAUAAAACAUGUAAAGACUGUGAGAAAUUAA